AUGUUUAAGGAAUUGAUAGCGAAGCAAAAAUGUGAAGGUUAGCAAACGUAAAAGAUGGAUCAUUAAAAGUUCGAUAUAUUGGAGCAGUUAAAAGCAUUUAAAAGCAAUGAUUCAAAUAAUUAGUAAAAAUAACUCCUAUAUUUUAGAUAGAACAAAUAGAUUAAGAUUAAGCAAUUGGAUUUGCCAAAGUUAAUGAAAAGAAUAUAUUCGGAGAAAAAACUCAAAGUUAACAGUUAGUAAGAGGGAAAACAAUGUGAGAAGGCUGAAAGCAGUCUGAGUAAAUCUAAGUUGCCCCCGAGGCUUUUGACGAGUGACAGGAUUCCUCUUGGCAAGCCUAAAUUGACCAAUGUAGCUUCAACGGAUAGGAUUUCAACAGAAUGCAAAGAAAGAAAGGAUUACCUGAAUUAUACUUUCGGAACUUAAUUCAGACUUCGCACAACAAAUAUAUCUCAUUCAAAUAGUAAAAGCAUGAUGGGUUAAAAAAGAUCCACAUCUCAAACAAGUAGAAUAAUGACAACCUCAUAAUAAAGAGUGAUUAACAAAAUUUUUUAAUGA